UUGCGUAUGCAUUUUCUCCCCUUUGCAUGAGUCAAUGAUCUGCGGUUUCCUAUUGUCAUGCUAGUGGCUCGCUGUUAUUCCUCGUGUUGACAGCGUUUGAUCCGGUCUCCAUUAGACAGAAGUGCAUUGAUUAAACGCGCACCAUGGACUUCUCUAUCCGCGCCGCCAACCUCGAGGACUGCAAAGACAUUGCGCGCAUGAUCAUGGAACUGGCCGAAUAUGAGAAGGUGUCAGAGCACGUGAAAGUGACUCAGAAAGACUUGGAACAAGAUGGCUUCUCUAAGAACCCCUUCUUCCACGGAAUCGUGGCAGAGGUUCCGGAGGCGCAGCGAACCAAAGACGGGCAUGUGAAGAUCGGCUACGCGCUCUACUUCCUCAGCUACAGCUCCUGGAAGGGGCGCUGUGUGUACAUGGAGGACCUCUACGUCAUGCCUGAGUUCAGAGGCAAAGGAAUUGGGAAGGCGCUGAUGAGCAAGGUGGCCCAGCUGGGCAUGGCGGCCGGCUGCACUCAGCUGAACUUCACGGUGCUCGACUGGAACAAGGCCUCGCUGGACUUCUACGCGGCGCAGGGCUGCAGCGACGUGACGGCCGCGCUGGGCUACCACGUCAUGCGCUGCGAGGGGGAGGAGCUGGAGCGGCUGGCCCAGCCCUAGCGCCGCCCGUUACCGUGGUGACGGCCCCCAUCCUCCCCAGCACCCCCCCCCCCUCCCAUCCUCCCCCCCACCCCCCCCCCCCUCCCUCCCUCCCUGACCCACGAAAACUGUGCAGCCACUCAGGGUAACGUCUCCGUGACAACCACAGCGGGUUGAUUCGCUUCAAUAGAAAGAUAUCCAAUGAUAAAACACAAAGCAUCAAUAGCAGAGUACCUCCCGUGGAUUAGGUUGUAGCGGAGACUCAGUUUGGGGUUGGUGUGAGGCUUCAGAGAGCUGGAAGGGGUGCAGUAGUACAGUAUGAACCGAUGGGAACGAGGUACUGACAUGUGUUCAUGGGUGUUGCUCUGCUGGCCCGACCGACCCACCCUUCUGUUGAUGUUUUGAAACCAAAGAACGGCAUUAAUGAUCAACGCACAACGUGUGUAACACACAACGUGUAACGCACAAUGUGUGUAGCGCACUGUAUGGGGAAGCACAAUGAGGUCUGCACUGGAGUCGAUGAAUAAAGGAGGAAAUGUGGUCUUUUGAUUCGCGUUUACGCGUAAAUCUAUUGUUGACAAUAUAUUUUUUAUUUACGUAUUUGCGGAAUUGGAAGCAAACUAAAUAGAUGACGGGCAUUAAAACUCACCAAUCAUGCUCAGUAAUACUAAUACUAAUAUGUAAUACUUCACUUUAACCUCACUUUAACGGAACUAAGACAGAGCACACUUUGAUCCGACAGUGUAUAAGUUACGAUGCAAACACAUUUGUCACGUCAUUCAUUCCUCUCAUGAAUCUGCUGUAAAUGAAACCCAUCGGAAUAAUAUCAGACUCUGUUUUUAGAGAAAUAGCUUCUAUUUUUGUUGGGAUACGCGGCGACACUUUGCAAUAACGACGACCGGCCUCAGGGAAGCAGACCGGGACUCGAGCCCGUUCCUCGAGGACCAAGAUCACACAGAGACAGACAUAAGGCUGGACGUUCCUCGAGGAACCAGGAUCACACAGAGACAGACAGACGGCCGGACGUUCCUCGAGGACCAAGAUCACACAGAGACAGACAGACGGCAGGACGUUCCUCGAGGACCAGGAUC